UCGGACCCAGUUAGCUACUCGUGCACAUGUCCAGCAAAAACCGAGGGCGGGUACGUGCUGUUGUUCUAUCGCUACUGGGCCAAUUCACCCGCCCUGCCUGAUGAGCACGCACUCAAGGCCCACGAUCCGCGGUCGCUUGCCGACUUCCAUGAGCAGAUCACAUCCGAGCUUCAAAUAAGUGGAAAGUUCCGUAUUGCAAAAGAAGGGUUCAACAUCACUCUCGGUGGGACAGCAACCGCAAUCGAAAUAUACGUCAAAGCGUGCUGCGCACACUGGUCAUUCGCUGGCAUCGAUCUAUCCACCUCUACUCGGCGAGAUGCAUACUUCAAGCCCACACCGGGCUGCGCAUGCGCUUUCGGUGACAAAGCAUCUGUAAAGGUGACGGCUGAGAUCACACCAUUGGGUGUCACCAACUAUGCGCCCGCCUCAUGGUCGAACGUCAUACCCCUGCCACCCGCGGAAUUUCAUGAGCUGUGUCAAAAGGGAGACAUACCAUUGAUCGACGUGCGAAAUCACUAUGAAAGCCGUAUCGGCUACUUCGUUGCCGGUGACGGAACGGUCGCAGUGAGACCUGCUGUACGAAGAUUCAGCCAGUGGCCAGGAUAUGUCGUGAGGCACGUUCUAGGUAACGAUGUGUACCAGAAGCCCGAAGGAGUAGCGACGUAUUGCACUGGUGGCAUCCGGUGCGAGAAAGGUGCGCGCUGGAUGCAAGAAGCUUUGGCGAAAGAAGGGAGAAAUAGUGAUGCGCCCGUGUACACGCUGCAUGGCGGCAUUGUUGCGUACCAAACAUGGAUGGAAGAGGAAGUACGUGCGGGGAGGAAGUCGCCUGAGGACAGCUUCUUCAAAGGGAGGAACUAUGUGUUUGAUGCAAGAGGAGCUAUUGGAGCGCAAACUGCGGUUUCGGCGUGUCACAGCUGUCAGGAACCAGAAGAUCGUCUGGGAAAAUGCGAGAUGCCUGGAUGCCACUUGGUGCUUGUUGUGUGCGAGCCGUGUGAGCAAAAGGGUGGCAUAGCUUGUUGUGAGGACUGUCGA